AUGUUGCCCUUGCUGGUGGCUCUUCGAGAAUCCCCAAGGUUGCAGCAAGUAUUGCAGAAUGUGUUCAAUGGAAAGAAACUAUGCCAGGGUAUUAAUCUGGAUGAGGCUGUAGCGUAUGGUGCUGCUGUUCAAGUUGCCGUCUUGAGCAGUGUCAAUCUCUUUGGGGAGCUUGAAAACUUCACUCUUUUGGAUGUCACCCCGCUGUGGCUUGGCGUGGAGGUUGGGGAUGAAGGUUAUAUGUCAGUUAUCAUUCCGAGGAACACGAGAACUCCUGUAAAGAUCAAGAAAGAUGCUCCUGAGGAUAUUCCUAAAAUCAGAAUUUGCUUCGCUAUUGAUGCCAACGGCAUCCUAAGUGUAUGCAGAGGGCAAGUCCAUCCGUCAGAAGAAAAGGAUUACAAUCAACUGUAA